AUGUUACCGAAGGACAUCGCCAAACUGGUACCGAAGACCCACCUGAUGUCCGAGACGGAAUGGAGGAACCUCGGGUGCAGCAGAGCCAGGGCUGGGUGCACUACAUGA